AUGGAAGCUAUUGAAUUGACAAGCCCCUUUCACUGCAGGUGACUAGCAUGCAGAUAUUUACACCCUGACUUGGCUUCCUGACCACUGACAUGGCCCACCGGGGUGGGGAGAGGGACUUCCAGACUUCAGCUCGGCGGAUGGGUACCUCCCUGCUCUUCCAGCUUUCAGUGCAUGAGCGAGAACUGGACCUCGUUUUUCUGGAUCAUAGCUAUGCAAAACCAUGGAGUGCCCACCCAGAUGCCAGUAGUGCCCGCCCCACCCGCAUGCUCUUUGUAACUCCCCGUCGGCAGCAGGAGAAUACUAUUGAGUCAGACGUUCCAAUAGAUGUGGAGACGGUCACAGCAACUCCUGUUCCACUCUAUGACAAUCAGAAGGCAAGAAGUGUGAUGAACGAGUGUGAGCGGCAUGUGAUCUUCGCCAGGACAGACGCUGAUGCCCCCCCUCCACCAGAAGACUGGGAAGAGCACGUCAACAGGACUGGCUGGACAGUGGCUCAGAAUAAGCUGUUUAACAAGAUCCUCAAAGCCCUGCAGUCUGACCGGCUUGCACGAUUGGCCAAUGAAGGGGCUUGCAAUGAGCCUGUGCUGCGUCGUGUUGCUGUGGACAAGUGUGCAAGGCGGGUGCGGCAGGCGCUGGCAAGUGUCAGCUGGGACACCAAGCUGAUCCAGUGGCUGCACACCACCCUCGUGGAGACCUUGAGCCUGCCCAUGCUCGCUGCUUACUUGGAUGCCUUGCAGACACUAAAAGGGAAGAUCCCAACAUUGAUAGACCGGAUGCUUGUGUCGUCCAACACCAAAACUGGGGCUGCAGGAGCAGAGGCCUUGUCGCUUCUCCUCAAGAGGCCCUGGGACCCUGCUGUUGGUGUGCUUUCACAUAACAAACCAAGCAAGCUCCCUGGUUCUCCUUUGAUUCUCAUCGCCUCCUCUGGUCCCUCCAGCUCCGUGUUCCCUGCCUCACGCCGCCACCGCUUCUGGCAGUCACAGCUUUCCUGCUUAGGCAAGGUCAUCCCUGUAGCUACCCAUCUGCUGAACAAUGGCAGUGGGGUAGGAGUUCUGCAGUGCCUUGAACACAUGAUUGGGGCAGUGAGAAGCAAAGUACUAGAGAUUCACAGUCAUUUCCCACACAAACCCAUCAUCUUGAUUGGAUGGAAUACAGGAGCUUUGGUGGCCUGUCAUGUGUCUGUGAUGGAAUAUGUCACUGCUGUUGUUUGCCUUGGGUUUCCUCUGCUUACUGUGGAUGGACCUCGGGGGGAUGUGGAUGAUCCCCUCUUGGACAUGAAGACUCCAGUCCUCUUUGUCAUUGGUCAGAAUUCUCUACAGUGUCACCCUGAAGCCAUGGAGGACUUCCGGGAAAAGAUUCGAGCAGAAAAUAGCUUGGUUGUUGUUGGGGGAGCUGAUGAUAAUCUCAGAAUAAGCAAAGCAAAGAAGAAAUCAGAGGGCUUGACUCAGAGCAUGGUGGACAGAUGUAUUCAGGAUGAGAUUGUGGACUUCCUGACUGGGGUACUCACUCGUGCUGAAGGUCAUGUGGGCUCUGAACCUCGGGAUCAGGAUGCUGAGAAGAAGAAGAAACCCCGGGACUUGGCCCGAAGAGACCUGGCCUUUGAAAUUCCUGAGCGAGGCAGUCGUCCUGCUUCUCCAGCUGCCAGGCUCCCCACAUCCCCCUCAGGCUCUGAGGAUCUUUCUAGUGUGUCCAGCAGUCCCACCUCUAGCCCAAAGACCAAAGUGACCACAGUGACCUCUGCCCAGAAGUCCAGUCAGAUUGGGACCUCCCAGCUACUGAAAAGACAUGUGCAGAGGACAGAAGCUGUGCUGACCCACAGACAAGCCCAAGCACAGUUUGCUGCUUUUCUGAAACAAAACAUGCUGGUGAGGAAAGCUUUUCCUCCCGGCACCUCCUCCUGUCUCUUUGUUCCCAUUUCAUCAGAACCAGUGGAGGACGUAGAGAAAGAAGAGCUUCGGGUCCAGCUGAAGAGGCACCAUCCUUCCAGUCCUCUUCCUGGCUCAAAGCCCUCCAAGCGACCGAAGAUCAAAGUGUCCCUGAUCUCCCAAGGGGACACAGUUGGAGGGCCUUGUACUCUUUCUCAAGGUGGAACGCCUGAAGCUACUGGAGGGAAGCCCAUCACCAUGACCCUGGGAGCUUCAGCAGGAGCCAAGGAGCUCACUGGACUUCUCACUACAGCCAAGUCCAGUUCUUCUGAAGGUGGAGUUACAGCCAGUAUAGCCUCAUCUGUGGCUUCCAGCAAUGCCACACCCAAUGCCAUCCACACGCUGCAGAGCCGCUUGGUGGCCACUUCUCCAGGCAGCUCCCUUCCAGGGGCCGCUUCAGCCAGCAGCCUCCUCCAAGGCCUCAGCUUCAGCUUGCAGGAUAUUAGCAGCAAGACCUCUGGCCUCCCAGGAAGUCCCUCCCCAGGGCCAGCCCCACAGGCCACCAGUGUGAAAUUGCCAACCCCCAUGCAGAGUCUGGGUUCCAUCACCACAGGCACGAGCACCAUUGUCCGUACCAUUCCUGUGGCCACCACUCUCUCUUCCUUGGGUGCCACUCCUGGUGGGAAGCCCACUGCCAUCCAUCAGCUGCUGACCAAUGGGGGCCUUGCUAAGUUGGCGAGCAGCCUACCUGGCUUGGCUCAAAUUUCCAACCAAGCAUCAGGCUUAAAGGUCCCCACCACCAUUACUCUGACGCUUCGUGGCCAGCCAAGCAGAAUCACCACGCUAAGCCCUAUGGGUUCAGGAGCAGCACCAUCCGAGGAGCCCAACUCCCAGAUUCUGCCUUCUAGUUCACAGCGCCUGCCUCCAGCACCCUGAAUAUGCCAGCAAAAUGUCCUUACCAGGUUGGUGACAGCUGCCUGAAGGUGAACCGUGUGGUCCUGCUGAGACGGCUGAGUGUCUGAAGACAUCCUUAAGACAGCCAUUUUCAUCUCUCUACUAGCUGUCUUUGGUGUUGGGUCUCUGGUUCUUGAGAAAACAUUAGGCAAGGUGAUAUAGGGCCAGCAAGUUGGUUCCUAGGAUCCUCAGAAGGUCUGGCCAUGUGUGGAUUGUUGGCAUUUCUACCCCAACACUGAUGUAAUUUGACCCCAGUGUCAGUAUAGAAUGGCUCACUGCAGUCUCAUGAUGAGGACAGGAAGAAGUGGGCUGUCGACUGCCAGCCUUUAGCUGCUCUAAGAUGUGGGGAACAGUGGUUGUCAUGUGCUAUCUGGCCCCUUCCUCUUCCUCACAGUGUUUUGUGCGGUUGCCUGUACUAGAAAGCCUGUAGGUCCAAAAAGACUUACGGUGAGGGGUGGAGCAUCAGAGGAAGUAGUAGGCAAGACAUACCCAAGGACCCUGUGUUGCUGACAGCUUGGGCUUGGGGCUCUGCGUUCGUGACACUUGAGGGCCUAAGAAUAGCUAGAGAAAUGGAAUUUACCAAGUCAGAGGGAAAGCCUGAAUCCCUGAGAGUCCUGCCUGGUGAUGAAGCAAUUGACCAGCUACCAUCCUAUCUCUGCUGUUCUAGGAAGCCUGGGCCAGUAGGACAGGGAAGGCUGUGCUUCAGAGUUUGUUUCCUUUCCUUAGAACUUUGUCUUUCUGCUUAGAAGUAGGAAGGUUGUUGACUACUGUGUGAGGCUCUGGGACCAGCCUGAGCCUUGCAGACCAUGGUCCUGGUGAUGUGGACAUUGAAGAUUGAACAGAGCCUCUCAUUUCCUAUGACACUGUGCAGAUGGAGCUUGGAGUUCAGCUCUGAACAUGUGUUCCAGGGCAGGCUCCUUUCCCUUUCACACUUAGAAAGUUUCUGUCAAGAUGAGAAAUAAAGCAACUCAAGUGUGAUUUUGUUCACGGGCUGUAUACAGCUACACCAAAGCCCUCUCACUGUAAUCUGAGUGGACACAGUGUUGAGGAGCCUCAGGCAGGUCAGAGAUGUGUGAUAGGAGUGGAGAGGUCUCCAGACUCUACACCUCACCUUGGCUGUGGAGCUGUAUUCUGAAAUUCAGAAGGCAUUCAGAGAAUUUAAGAAGGUAUGAAUUCUGGAUGAGGUGCCUAGUGCUGGGGCCUUGAUAGCAUCAUAGGUCAGAGCAUAUAACCACCAAAAGAGAGGAUAAGACUCGGGGGCUCUGAAACGUUUAGGGAUCAUUUAAGUUGGCAGAGGACCCUCAACAACCCUUUGUGACUUAGGAGAACAGCUUGAACACCACUGGAGGGGCUGCUCCUGAGCCAUGCUGCCCUGUGUUCUGGAACCAAAGAAAACUUGUAUCCUGUUUGGUGGUUAAUCUGUGUGCAUCCCAUGGGUGACUUCUGAGGCAUGGCUUACAUACCUUGAAGAACUGCAAAACUGAGGAGGGGGAGCUGCAGCACACUGAUUGUCACCUUUGUGGGACUGACCAACAAGGAAGUGGCCGGAGUCUGUAGACCACAGUCCGCAGGUCCCAUCUCAAACCACACCAAUUGGAAUGUGGAGAGACACUUCACCCCACCCACCUCGUGGCAGACUUGAGGAUGUAGCCUCAGAGGGUAGUACUCUUAUGAGUAUGUGGAAGGGUCAGGAAGGCGUUACGUUCUCUCUCGGGCAACAGAGGGCUUGUAAAUGCCCUGAGGAAGGCGUAUGUCACUGAGGAGCUGUAUCCUAUAAUAAUUGGGGUUGGAUGAAUUCAUAGAAGUGAGCCAGAGCGAUGGUUCUGAUCUUAUGUUAGCAAAAAAGAAUAAAACACAAAACACUGAA